CAAGAUGGCGCGCUUUCCCAUGGUGACCGAGGAGGACGACAGUGAGGGUUGCUCUGUGAGAGGACCUGGAUCUGCGCAGGGCUUUUUUAUUUGUGUUGCUAUGUGAGGCUUUGGAGCGCGGGUUGAAGAUACUGAGCGAGGAUCCACAUUCAGCGUCCGCGCGCUGUCGACGUGCUGCGUGGAGCAGGACUCAGCUGCAGAAGGACUGCCUUCUUCAGAAUAUGCCCUGUCUCCAUGGUAACAGGCCUCAGGCAGACCCAGAAAAAUGUUGGGCCAAGCUCGUCAACCUUACCUGAUGCUGGACUAGGCUGGAGAGGAUUUUAACAAAAAUUAUAAAACUAACAAGUCCUAAUAUGAUGCAUCCGAUAUUUCUUUGUGUAUAAAAGUGUGUGCCUGAAAAUCUUCAUAUAUUUCAGCUUUAUUACAUUUUAGAAAGACUUACUUUCCCGCAUCCCUGGCAGAAAAGAGUCUUCUAUUUAAAUAUCUUUCUAAAACCAGGAGGUGAAGAAAAAGAUUGCUAUGGUAUUCAAGACAUUAUGUCAGGGACUCUUUCUCAGUUAAGUGAUCUUAAACUGUGCGGAGGCGGUCCCAGGCUCGUCUCAAGGUCCUAAACCAGGACAAGGAUGCACCAGCUGUUUAGCCAAGUGCUCAGCCAGAGGGAUCUGUCCAGAGCAGGUGAUCUGUUCUCUCUGGAGGACGCAGACAUUGAAGACUGUCUGUCUCAAGCUCUGGACCAGAUUAAGGCAAUCUCCUGCUCACCGGACUAUUUGACCAAUGACAAUGACCAGGCAGUGGUGGAGAUUUGCAUAACGCGCAUCACCACAGCCAUAAGGGAGACGGGCUCCAUCGAGCGACACAGCACGGCGCUGGUGGGACUGUGGGAGUCCUGUCUGGAGCAUAACCUCACCCCGCAAGGUGAAAACACAGAGGACACUCCGCAUGCUAAGAUAGCCUCUGACAUCACCAGCUGUAUCCUGCAGAACUACAGUUGUCCUUCGGUCAUGGUGCUGGCUGUCCCGGUGGCCGUGCGGUUCCUGCACAGGGGCAACAGGGAGCUGAGCAGGAACAUGUCCAGUUACCUCUCUCUGGCCGCUAUAGCCAAGGCCGAUCUGCUGGCUGAACACACAGAGGCCAUAACAGUCAGUGUGCUGGGAGGUAACCACAUGCUGUUGAGAGUUCUGCCCUCAGUCUACCCCAAACAACCAGACACCAUUCACCACCACCUAGGCAACCUCACGGCCAUGAUGCCACAGCUGGAAUCCACCGAGCAACAACACCUGAUCAGGCUUAUUCAAAUGGUUGCCGAGCAACAUCCACUUAUGUUGAGCCCUCAGGUUCCCACAUUGGUCGGUUACCUAGGGAACCAGUCUCUCACCGAGGCUCUUUUGGGAGCACUUGUCGAUGUGUCUCAAGCAAGUCCUUCCUCGCUGGUCAGCUUUCUGCCAGCCCUCAGGAUAUUGGGACAGCAGUUUCCUGCUUUUCUGGCUCAUGUGGCCAAAAUCCACGGUGCUGUGGGCAUCAUCAGCGAGACUCAUGCUCACAGCUCGUUGGUCUACCUGGUGUCCCUUCUGGGCGGCAUGGAGCACAGCUUUCACCACACCCUUCUGCUGGAGAUCAGAGCGCUGACCGACCGUUACCCAUCUUUGCUGGGCGGCUGCGGUAAAGACAUCUACAGGAUGAGCAACUCUUUCACUGCUAUAGCCAGGCUUCUGGGAAGACGACUGGAGGAGAAAUCAACGGCACACUGCAGGGUGGAUGAGGCGUUCCAAUCAGAUGGAGGAGGAGGAGCACCAGAGCAGCAGCUGCAGGUGAAGAUCCAGGCUUUUGAGGAGAAACUGGGAGACACAGUGGAAGACGAGGAGGAGGAGGCGGCUGGGGAGGACUCUCCUGCCCCGCAGCGACCCUACAGCCUAAGCCAAACAGUCAGGGAGGAGAGGCGUGAGAUGAGAUUCAACAGGUCAAAGAGCCUGGCUCUCCAUGCCGUGCGUUCUCGGUCCAUCAACUCAGACGAAGGGGAGGACGGUGAAGGGGUGGAGCUCAGCACAGAUAGCGCCUUUUCCAACACUUUGCCUAAUCAGCAUUCAGAAAACCACGAAGUCUCACCUGCUGAGAGGAAAUUGACAGACGGCUCUCUGGUCGGCGUCACUCCGCUAGACAGAGCGGCCAAAGAGGCGGAGAAAAGUCAAAGCGGAGAGAAGGAUGGACAGAAAGGAGAGCGGGCGGAGGCUGACAGACUCUUCAUCCAUUUAAGAGACAAUAUGGAGAUGAUCGGAGAGUUCUGUAAAGUAAUGGUGCAGCAGAUCCCCGUCCCGGAGCAGUGUGUGAUAGAAGAUUCCAGUCGAGGUUGUGUGGCCAAGCUUUCGUUCUCCUGCCCUUUGAAGGGACACUACUGUCUGUACGCCAAAUCCUGCUUCAACCUGACCAGCCGACAGCCGCAUCUAUGGAUUCACAUCAUGUUGUUACAUUUACAGAGUAAGUCCCGCGUACCUCUCAGCACCAGGGACGAGUGUGUCCAAAAACUGGGUUCUCUUUGGGAAAAGACGCAGCUGAAAGGAGCUCACAGCUUUUCUAUGGCCAUGACACAGCAGACUACCCCACACAAGAAGGACCUGGACAACCUUCAGAUCCAGCUAGAAGAGGUGCGCUUCUUUGACUUGUUUGGAUACAGUGAGGAGGAAGGAGGCUGGCUCUGCUUCAUGUGUAACAACCCUGAGAAAGCUACAGUCGUAAACCAGGAGGGACAGCCUUUGAUCGAGGGGAAGCUGAAAGAGAAGCAGGUUCGCUGGAAGUUCAUUAAGCGCUGGAAAACCCGCUACUUCACCUUGGCGGGAAAUCAGCUCCUUUUCCGGAGAGGCAAAUCGAAAGAUGAGCUGGAUGACAUCCCGAUUGAGCUGAGCAAGGUGCAAAGCGUCAAGGUGGUAGCCAAGAAGCGUCGGGACCGGGGUCUGCCGCGCGCCUUCGAGAUCUUCACCGACAGUAAAACGUACGUGCUGAAGGCUCAGGAUGAGAAACACGCUGAAGAGUGGCUGCAGUGCAUCAACGUGGCUGUGGCUCAGGCCAAAGAGAGGGAGAACAGAGAGACCACCACCUACCUGUGAGAGCAGCACCGACCGAGACGCCGGCAGGGACGUGAAGUCGCAGCCAAACAUACGCUGACUUCCACAUGUAGGAUAUUUGUUUCUUAUAAGCAUUCAUUUACAAGACUGGGGGAUAAAAAAGACCACAGCAGGUGACUCUGAGAAGAAAAACGAAACGCACUGCCAGUAACUUGUCAGUAGCACCACCAGCUCUGUCUUCAGUCGCAGUAAUGAUGGAGCGCAAAUAAGAAAAAGGAUUUUUAGACAUUAAACCAGCAAUAAAAGACUAAUGAAGGAUGGUUACGUAUUGAAAACACGACUCCCUGUAUUUACCGUUACAUUAGACCAACCUGCCCGUGUGCCAUCUUCUCGACGCGUAGGCCGCCAUCAGCGAAAGCAAAUGUUUGUUUUACGUGUUCAGAUGUCACCUGACUUUUCAGCUUUGCUUCUACAAGCAAACGAAGCCGGCAUCAGUGGGAAGUUGGGAUUUCUCCGUUUAAUGACGCAUUUAGAGUCCAGAGUAGUAUUCAACAAUAAAGACUUCAUCAAAACAAAGACCUCAUAAGAAGUUGUAGCAAUAAUGAGACUGAACAGUUCCUCUGGAAAGCAGGAAGGAUGGAAAACGAGCCUAAUGGAGAGCAGAUGGGGAGCGCAUUGGAUACUGGAAUAUUGUGUGUGUGUGUGUGAAAGAGAGAGUGAGUGAUCUUAAAGCAAUAGCUCAGCACUUUGGGAUAUAUGCAGUCACCUUCCUGCCAAGAACUGGAAGAGAUGAUUCAGGCUGCUUUCGUGUAGCUGUGUGAGUCAAGUGAAAUGAAGCUAAAGCUUAGUGUAAAGACUGGAAUUUGAAUUGGACUAGUCUGGCUAUGACUAACUCCUGGUAAGGGGGUGGCGGCCGGGGACAGCAUAUUUCCUCAAAUGUCAAACAGGGCCAAUAAUAAGAUAUGUUUAACUCAUUUUGUGUCAUGUAUCCUGCUGUAUUCUGUAUUUUUCAUCACUAACCGGGGUUUUUCCUAGUUUAAACAGGCCUCUAGGGGGACUGGUUGAGUCUUUUGUUUAAGAGUCUUUUGUUCCUUUACUAAACAGAAGUCUGUUAGUUUUGUUAAACAAAAAUGUAUUUUUAAAAAAAUAUGCCAGGAACACAAACCUGAAUUAAAUCUGUGACGCUGUUUUUCUUUUCUGCCCUUGUACCAAAGUGGCUUAUGAGGCAAGUCCCUUAAGACCCCACGCAGGGGUCACUUUCUGUUCUUUUGCAAUCAUGGUAACUGAACCAACGGCGCUAUUUCAGGCUUUUUCAAACGAGAGAGGUCUGCAGCAAUCCACUCCAGUGUUUUACCAGGAGCAGCAUCAGCACAGCUGUUGCCUAAUAGUGAAGUUUGGAUCACAGGUUUCUAAGAAAUCACUGAAGCAAAUGAGUGGUUUCCUUGUGGAUUUAGAAAGGUUGCCAGUUCAGUCCCACUGAUUUUCGAUGACUCUGCGAGAGGGAGAGUGGAGGUGAGCUGGCUUUAGAACAGGCCUGUUCCUCGGGUUUGGGUUUAAAAGCUUGUGUGAUUUUAUUUUUUAUUUUUUGGGGAAAUGUCUCAUUAGAUUUUUAUUUUUCUCCCUGAAAAUUGAGACGGAUGGAUGAAGAAAGAGUGAAGAUCUGAGUGUUUAAAUUGGCUCGUACUGAUAGUGUGCACCACCUUUAUUCACGCUCGACUGUGGCCACUCAGUUAUUCUGUCAGAUUUCUUUUCUACCCACAGGUGAACGCUGCUUUAGCACUUUUUAAAGUUAUAUGUAACAUUAAAGCUGCUAAAGGUGGUCAUAAUUUGAACUCGUUUGACAGACGAGCUCUCUCUCGUCGGUCCUUCGGCUAAAAUCCUGUCAGCUGAGUAAAUGCAGCCAUAACACAGCCUUUCCCACCAGGUCAGGUUACCCCUGUUUGUACUUUUAGCUGUCCCUGUUACCCCCACCACCACCACCACACACACACAGCACAGCUCACCUGCAUCUGCUUACAAAUCAUAUUAUUUACAUCAUGUCUCUCCCUCACAUUUUUAUUCCUUCCUUCCUUCCUUAUGACCUACUUACACACAUGACUGUGGGCCUUAAAGCCAGCGGGGUAUUCCCCCAUGACUGCUUUUUAUAAAAAUGAAUAUUUAUAUUCAUAGGGGUACGGCAGCAUCUCAAGAAACUGUGGACAGAAAGGAAUUGCAUAUUCUUGGUCCUAGAUGAAUGAAACCUACUGAUUCUGAUUGCUGACAAUCAGGAUGGAUACAUCCUACCAUCUUUUUUUCUGACCACUAUCUUCACAUUUAAUCACUAAUAAUUAUUAAACUCUGGCUUUCACACCGAUAGUUUGCCUUUUUGUCCCAUCUCCCACCAAUCACCCCCAACCAGUAGCAGCAGAUGCCUGGCCUUCUUUGAGCCUGGUCUUCCUGUUAAAAGGGUUUUUUUCCUUCCCACUGUCGCCAAGAGCUUGCUCAAUAGGGGGUUGUCUGAUUGUUGGGGUUUUCUCUCUAUUAUUGUGGAGUUGCUUUAUACCUUACAGUAUAAAGUGUCUUGAGGCGGCUGUUGCUGUGAUUUGGUGCUAUAUAAAAGGUUAUCCUGAUACUUAUUGACACUUUUUUGUCCUAAAAGCAAACAGACCACAUUUGAGACAAAGUGUUAUGCUAUUAGAUAUUAUUAUAUUCAGCACCUCUGCUGACCUGCUGUAUUGUAAAGGUUUCAUAAAGCUGUUGCUCUUUUUAGUUGAACAGUGUUGAUUUGUGAGUGUUUAAAGUGAAUGUGUUAUAACAUGAAUGCCAGAGUUGUGUUAAAGUAGCGAUAUGAGCUCUCAGUGCUGCCAUGGUGGCUUAGUUUCCAAAUCUCUGGGGCCAGUUAUUCAUUCAUUCAUUCAUUCAUUCUAUCUAUCUAUCUAUCUAUCUAUCUAUCUAUCUAUCUAUCUAUCUAUCUAUCUAUCUAUCUAUCUAUCUAUCUAUCUAUCUAUCUAUCUAUCUAUCUAUCUAUCUAUCUAUCUAUCUAUCUAUCUAUCUCUCUCUCUCUCUCUCUCUCUCUCUCUCUCUCUCUCUCUCUCUCUCUCUCUCUCUCUCUCUCUCUCUCUAAAGCACAGUGAGAUUAUGUGUACACAGUUAGAAGCAGGAUGGAAUCUGCUGUAGAUUUUAACAAUCACACAAACUGUGAAGAUGAUUAUAAGUAUUCCAGUGAAUGUAUAAAAACAUUAGCAUUAAUAUCAGCCCCGUGUGGCGAAUCAUAGAUGUUUGUUGUUGUUUUUUCUUGCUUUUAACCUUUAGCAUGUUGUUCGAUUGCAUUUGAUUUUUUUAUAUAAUGCCAGUAUUUAUUUUUACAGGCGUUUAACACUUUUAUCGUGUCUGGAAAGACGACUGAAACUACAAAUGCCAGAUUUUACUGUCUCCUGAUCUUCCUCUUCUCGUGUUUUAUAUUACUCUGAAUUAACACUGCAAACAAAUGAAUGCUGUAUUUUAUUUGAAAAUUCAAGAGUUAUUGUUGUGAUUGUCAUAUUUUGCCUGCUGCACCUUCUGCAUGCCUGCCUAUCAGACAGAGCGCUGUAAUAAAUCUUUACAAUAAC